CACUGCUAUGUAGGUGCUUUAGGUUUAAAUGUAAAUGCGGAAGGCGGAACUGGUACGGAGGUCCUGACUUAACAGUCAGACGGCCCGGUUUACAAAGACCGACAGAAUUAUACUGCGACAUUAGGCGAACAGAAUGGUUUGGCUGUAUUUGCUGGGAAUAACAUGCGGCCUAAUCGUAGCAUUUGUAAUAUUCAGCAAAAGAAGACACAAAUAUUUUAAGCAACUAAACAUUCCUGGUCCAGAACCUUCUCCGUUUUUAGGAAUCAUUCCUUUAAUUAAGAAAAAGGGGAUUGCUAAAACAGAUUUGGAAUUGUUGUCAAAAUACGGAAAAAUAGUCGGAAUUUUUGUUGGACACAGACCUUGUUUAUUAACAAGUGAUGCUGACUUUAUUCACGAAGUUUGUGUAAAGAAGUUCAAUUGCUUUAAAAACAGAGCGAGCAUUAUGAACUUGGGCUGUACUCUGCAGUCAGCUGUUGCCCUGACGAAGGAUGAGAAGUGGGAGUUCCUUCGUAGGAGAUUGGCACCAUUAUUUUGUCCGGCUAAACUAGAAAAAUCAGGUGUACUUAACAUCGUAAAUGAGUGUGCGGAUGAAUUGGUUGAUCAUAUAAAAGAAUCGUCUCUGACAAACAAAAAUGGCUUCGAUUUUUACGAAGCUUGUGCCUAUUAUUCAAUGGACGUUCUGUGUACCUCUCUAUUUGGACAUCGUGUGACCAGUCAUAAAAAUCCUAAUGAAGAUUUCGUCAGAAAAGUUCUAGAAGCAUUUAACGCUGGCAAUAAAGAUAUUGUAAAGCCGAUAACACUUUGUGCAAUACUUCCCUGUUUGAGGCUCUGGUUCCAAUGUAAAAAUUACAACCCUAUCUCCAAGGUCACCAGGACGUUUUUUAAUGAUCAGAUGACGGCAGAAAUAGAGAAGAGGGAUAAACCAGAUAAUAGAUGUAAUGACCUUCUUCAAAGUAUGCUAGAAGCCGACAGCAACUCAAACACCACCAAAGAAAGGAAGGGGAUAAACCUAGAUCUAAGCAUUUCCGACCUAACGGCUAAUAGCUUAUUCUUCGUCUUGUCCGGAUACGAAACGGUGGCUAAUGCACUAGGGCUGACAGUUUUAUGUCUAGCAGUACAUCCUGAAUGCCAGAAGAAAUUGAUAAAUGAAAUCAGAGCAUGUUUAAAAACACCAGACUCUGAUUGUCACAAAGAGAAUCCUUCAAACUGGGAAGAUAUACAGAAGCUAAAGUAUUUACAUCAGUGUGUAAACGAGAGCCUACGGUUGUUUCCUCCAUUUCUUAGAUUUAAUAGAACCACAAAUACAGAAAACGUUAUCAAUGGAAUAAGUAUACCAGAGGGCAUGGAUGUCACAGUGUCAGUGUAUGCACUGCAUCACGAUUCCGAUGUCUGGUCGGAACCAGAGAAGUUUGAUCCCGAGAGAUUUUCAGAGGAAAGGCUCACGUCAUCACACCUCAACCACUUUCUUCCGUUUGGACUUGGGCCAAGAGACUGUUUUGGGAAGGAUUUUGCUAUUCUGGAAGUCAAAUUAGCUUUAGUUUCUUUAUUGCAGAAGUAUGAAGUUUCCACUCUCCCUAAUACCGAGUUUCCACCAGUUUUAGAAAAAGGCAACUUUUCCAAGGCAGAAAAUGGAAUUUGGCUGAAAUUUUCAGAACGCACGCAAUAGAGAGUUGACUAUAAUUAAUAGGAAUAUAAAAACACAGACUAAUCACAAAACUGUAAAUUUGAAUCAGUGAGGCAGAAAAGUUUAAAAUUGAAAAGAUUUAGGUUGAGAUUAGUUUUCAAUGCCAAAGAGCCGACGGAGAACUUGAAUGAAAUACCAACGGAGCAUUUUGGAGGAAAUAAAGAAGUAGGGAAUAGAAAACUCGAGACUGAAAUGUAGCGUGAUGCAAAUCCGAUGUUUCUCAUUUAAUGGCUAGUGAAUGAACGUGCAAUAACCUUUCAUUAACUUUUUUUUACACACAAUACUUUCACCAGAAUUCACGAAGGAGAGUUCAGAUACUAGUUAAUGAGACCAGAAAUCUAGGAUUUUUUUUUCAGACUGAAUCACAGAUCAAUGGAGCCAGUGGAACGUUUGUAGGAACUCCCACCUGGAGGAUAAAUAAUUAAUUAUUUCCUCUAGGUAUCUAUUUUAAAAGAUAGUAUAAUAGCAUCCUAAAGAA